AUGAUCGCAUCGACAGUGGUACACUUGGCCUUGGCCGUGGCAUGCUCACUGCUGUCACCGGGCGCACAAGCCGCAGAGCUAGACCCGGCUUCCCUCCCAUCCCUCCUCGAUGCCACCCUCGAAGAGCUCCGCCGUGGGCUCGACUCCAACUUAUUCACCAGCGUGGACCUGACAAAGGCCUACAUUGCUCGCAUCAAGGAGGUUUCCGAGGAGCUGAGGCCCGUCAACGAGAUCAACCCCGACGCCUUGAGGAUUGCUGCCCGGAGGGACGCGCAACGAAAGAACCCCAAGAAGAAACUCGGGCCGCUGCAUGGCAUCCCCGUGCUCAUCAAGGACAACAUCGCCACCCUCGACAAGAUGAACAACACGGCUGGUUCUUACGCUCUCCUUGGCGCGGUGCCGGAAAAGGACAGCACGGUGGCUGCCAAGCUUCGGAGAGCUGGCGCCAUUAUCCUCGGAAAGUCCAACAUGUCCCAAUGGGCCAACUACAGGGGCUUCAGCAGCAGCAAUGGCUGGUCCUCGUACGGCGGCCAGACAAAAGGCGCUUACUUCCCCGACCAGGAUCCUUCUGGAUCUUCCUCUGGCAGCGGCGUGUCGUCCUCCCUGGGCCUGGCCUGGGCUUCCUUGGGCACCGAGACGGAUGGCUCCAUCAUUUCCCCCGCCAGUGUCAACAACCUGGUUGGCAUCAAGCCAAGCGUCGGGCUUACCUCCAGGUACUUGGUCGUCCCGCUUUCCGAGCACCAGGACACCGUGGGACCCAUGGCCAGAUCGGUCAAGGACGCUGCGUACUUGCUCGCCGCCAUUGCGGGCGCGGAUAAAAAGGACAAUUACACCUCGGCCAUUCCCUUCACCGGAAAGCUACCCAACUAUGUUGCGGCUUGCAAGGCUGACGGUCUUCGAGGCAAGAAGCUCGGCGUUCCUCGAGCCAUCUUCCCGCCAGCCGAAGCCGAAAACGUACCCAUCAUGGAGGCCUUCGAGUCGGCGCUAAAGAUUUUGCAGGAGGCUGGAGCCGAGCUCGUCCAAGACAUUCAAAUGCCCGGCGCGUCCGAGGUGAAUGGUCCGGCGUACAACGUGGUCAUUGGCGCCGAUUUCGCCACCGAUGUUGCCAAAAACUACUUUGCGCAUCUCAAAGCCAAUCCUGCCAACAUUCAGACCCUGGAGCAGCUGCAGGAAUUUACUCGCACACACUCUGCCGAAGAGUACUCCACGAGGGACACCAAGUUGUGGCAAAAUGCCCUCGACCUCGGCUUUGACAAUUCGUCCCCCGAGUUUUGGGGCAAUUACACUCAGCAGCUCUAUAAUGCCGGUCCGUUGGGGAUCCUUGGAGCUCUGACGAACCAUUCCCUGGACGCGCUUGUGCUGCCAGCCGACUUCAUGCCUUCUUUGCCUGCCAUCGUCGGGAGUCCCAUCAUCACGGUGCCGCUGGGCAAGCAACCUGCUGGUACAGGCGUUACCAAGAAUAGAAUGGGAAACCUAAAUACCGUGGCACCAAACUUGCCGUUUGGUCUUGCCUUUGCUGGCGCAAGAUUCAGCGAGGAGACGCUGAUUGAAAUCGCAUACGCGUUUGAACAAAAGUCAAACGUUCGCCAAACUAUUGAACCAUAUGUGAAGCCCAAAACCGAACUGAAGGACAUUGUUGAAAAAUAA